CGUAGACAGAUACUUCAAUGAGACACGGAAAUAAACAGUUGGACAUAAUUAUGUAGUAUUAAUCAUCUUGCUCCUUUGCAUAUUUACACGGCCGUAUUAAUUAUCUCCAGUUAUUAACAAAUAGUUAUUGAUAAGUGAAAGGUAAUGACAAAAACUGUUUGACUGUUAUUUAGUUGUGUAUGAAUGAUUUUUGUGUCUGUCAAAGCAAGGUUACUUUGACUAUUUGCUGGAUAUAGAAAUUCCACUCCCGUUCGAUAUUCGAAAUGAGGAGCUUCAAUGCAGCACUUAUAUGCAUUGCAAUAACUGGCAGCGUGUUCGGCAGUCUGCUGGUGUGUACGUUGGAUAAAUAUCGCAUAAACAUUACAAUAGAUUGUGAUGAGAGUAAUAAAAUACAUAUUGUCGAUAUCUUUAAAAUGAAAUUGACAAACAUAUCUACUUAUUGUGGUGACAUGCCAAAGAGAUAUACAGUAGGCCAAAAAUACGGGGUAAGAAAUCAAAUGGUGCAUAGACUUCUUACUAAAUGUUCUGGUCAAAGAUCUUGCAGAGUACCUAUAUACACUGGCUAUGACAGAUCUCAGAGAGAAACCAUCAGUAUUGCUUUAAAGUACACGUGUGUUCCAGCUGUAGCAUUUAUACCUUUCUGCGAAGAGAUGUCUACCACACGUUAUUUCACCUUCCCUUUGUUUCUCAUUCACCAUGGACUGGAAAACACUAUCCACGAUACCUGUAGCUGUGAUGUAAAGUACAGAGGAAAGUUUCGUGUUACAUUAACGCUUUUCCCCACUGAAAGGGAAUAUCUAAAGGUUAAAUCGAGGACAAUAGGAACAAAAUCAAAACAUUUCAAAGAUAGAGUGUAUAGGAACAUGACAAUUUCUGAUAAUCCGGAGAAGGAAACAUUUAUUGUUGAAAACAGCAAAACAAAGAAUAAAGAUGAAAAAGCGCUUAUUCUGGUACAACUAGCAGCAAACGAUGCAGAAAGCUCUCUAACACUGCAAUGUUUUGGACCUAUCGCUGAGAUCCAUAUCCAUGAUGGUUUCCAGACAACACAACGGUCCAUGAAAACUACUACAUCUACAACCUCCAUUACACUGUAUGCAGUUAUACCGUCUGUGUCAAUUAUAUGUCUUCUUGGAAUUGGACUUUGCAUAUUUGUAAUACAUCAUCACCAUGUAGGAAGAAGAAAUCAGCGUAUCGGUGCCGGACCAGGCAGAACAAACACAGACGUUGCUGCUGUUGACACAAGAAACCUUGAUACCACUUUCAAUAAUAACAGCAUCGGAAGCUGUAGCCAUUCAUACGCUGAGAUAGGGAGUGCUGCUUUCGGCUACCUACAUUGUGUGCCAGAUGAUACACCUGAACAGGAUUUAUUAGCAAACAUGCAAUAUGACACGGCAGACGAAGAUCCCGAUUACCAAGCCCAGGCACAAGAUCCCUCACUUAAAGUUAUGUCAGAGCGCUUGAUUAACAUGGCUUAUCAAGGUGAGGUGGUAAAUGACAAAACCAGAAGACGAGUUGACACUUUCGAGGAUCGUUAAGACUAAACGUUAAAAUUCAGAAGUAUACGGACUUUGGUGUAAUAAUGGCAUGAAUACAAGAGUGUUCUUACUUACUCUACUAGAAUGAAAUCUAAAGCUUAUACUAAAUAUAAAGAAGACAGCUGUACCAAACCUUAUAUAUAUAAAAAAACUUUUGAGAUAUUUAAGGAUUUGAAGACAAUGAUUUUGUAUGAACGUUAUCGAUGAUAACGAUAUCAUUUGUUACCUAAGAUUAGAUGUCCCGUAAAGUACUAGUACCGUUGAUAAUAUCCGUGCUUUGUCAGAAGAAAUCAUACCUAAUAUCUAUUCAGUAAAGAACCCACUAAAUUUGCGCUGUUAUCGAUUUUUUUUAUGUUAACAUGUCAGACUGGAUUCCCAGGCUAAUGCGCACCAACAUCGUUUGAAUAUGUAUACAUUAUAACGAUUCAAAGUAAGACAACAAAAAUUCAUAAUUGAUGGUAAACAAUACGUAUAUUGUCGGUGCACUCUGACAAAGAUUUGUAUUUUGCAUAUGUAUACAUAAAGACACAUUUUCUUGAGAAUUAAAACAAUGUAUGAAAAUAUAUAUUUCUAUAUUAUCCCAACGCCGCUGUCCAGACAUUUAUAGGUCUUGCUUUCUUUUUAAAGUUAAUUAUUUUUUAGUUAUUUGUUUUCCGUAGAAAUCGCAUUUGUGUUGAAUUUAGUAUAACAGGGGCUGUUUAUAAAACACACAUGCUUCUUGUGAUUUGUCGCCAUAUUUACUGUUACAAUUUAAAUAAUUUAAAAAAAAAAUACUUC